GAGCAGCCCAUUUCCUACCUGUGAUUGAGGAGCGGUGCCUGCAGCUCAUCCUCUGGCAGGAACAGAGAUGCAGGAGGCUGUGUAGCAGAGGGUUUCUCUGGCCAAGAGCUGCAGCACAAGGAAAGAAUGAACAUCUUGCCUUGGGUCCGGAUGUGGAGCUGUUGCUGCUUCCCACUGCUGCCGGGGGUGUUGAAGAUGAUGAAGGUUCCUGAGCAGCCAUUGAGAGCUCAGCUGCGCCGGAGGGUACCAUGAACUGAGCACGCAGCCCCUGCCACAGCCUUGUCUGGGGGUUGGUUUUCCUGUUGACCCAAAGCCAUCCCAUAGCCUUUCAUGACAGCGUUUUAACCGGGGGUUCCUCUUCCCCUGCCCUGGAGCGAAGUCGUCCCGGCUGCAGUGAGGAAUUCCAGAGAAGAUGGGGAGGAAAAAGAUCCAGAUCCAGCGGAUCACGGACGAGCGCAAUCGGCAGGUGACCUUCACCAAGCGCAAGUUCGGUUUGAUGAAGAAAGCCUACGAGCUGAGUGUCCUGUGCGACUGCGAGAUCGCCCUCAUCAUCUUCAACCACUCCAACAAGCUGUUCCAGUAUGCCAGCACCGACAUGGACAAGGUGCUGCUCAAGUACACCGAGUACAACGAGCCCCAUGAGAGCCGGACCAAUGCGGACAUCAUCGAGACGUUAAGAAAGAAAGGUUUUAACGGCUGUGACAGCCCGGAGCCCGACGGCGAUGACUCGAUAGACCAGAGCCCCUUGAUGGAGGAUAAGUACCGUAAAGGCAGCGAGGAUCUGGAUAUCCUGUUCAAGCGCUAUGGUUCCGCAGUGCCGGCUCCCAACUUCGCCAUGCCCGUGACGGUGCCGGUGAGCAACCAGAACACGCUGCAGUUCAGCAACCCCGGCAGCUCGCUGGUGACACAGUCCCUGGUGACAUCCUCCCUGACGGACCCACGGCUCCUCUCGCCACAGCAGCCAACGCUGCAGAGGAACACCGUGUCCCCGGGGCUGCCGCAGAGGCCGGCCAGUGCAGGGGCGAUGCUCGGAGGGGAGCUGAACAACACAAACGGAGCCUGCCCGAGCCCUGUGGGCAACGGCUACGUCAGUGCCAGAGCCUCCCCGGGGCUCCUUCCCGUGUCCAACGGCAGCAGCAUGGGCAAGCUCAUCCCGGCCAAGUCGCCGCCGCCGCCGUCGCACAGCACCCAGCUGGCCGGCAACAGCCGCAAGCCGGAUCUGCGCGUGAUCACCUCGCAGAGCAGCAAGGGCUUGAUGCAUCAUUUGACCGAGGACCACUUGGCUCUGCAGAACACGCAGCGGUUGGGUGUCUCCCAAGCCACUCACUCUUUAACCACCCCGGUUGUUUCUGUGGCCACUCCGAGUUUGCUGACGCAGGGGCUGCCUUUCUCUGCCAUGCCCACAGCCUACAACACAGAUUAUCAGCUGCCGAGUGCUGAGUUGUCUUCGCUGCCAGCAUUCAGCUCACCCGGUGGGCUGUCCCUUGGCAACAUCUCUGCCUGGCAGCAGCAGCAGCAGCAGCAGCAACAGCAGCAACAACAGCAACAACAGCAGCAACAGCAGCAGCAGCAGCAACAACAGCAGCAGCAACAGCAGCAGCAACAGCCGCAGCAGCAGCCACAGCAGCAUCUGGUUCCUGUAUCACUAGGGAAUUUAAUACAAGGGAGUCACUUAUCCCACACCACCACUUUGACUGUCAACACCAACCCCAACAUCAGCAUCAAGUCGGAGCCCGUCUCACCCAACCGGGAGAGGAACACUGCCACCCCGCUCAGCACCUUCCCCCACCAGCCCCGGCACGAGCCCACCGGCCGCUCGCCCGUUGACAGCCUCAGCAGCAACACCAGCUCCUACGAAGGCAGCAGCGAGCGGGAUGAUCCCACCCGCUCCGAUUUCGGCUCAUCCCUGGGCCUCCUGCGAGCCAACAGCGAGCCCGAGGGCGAGAGCCCCUCCGUAAAGCGCAUGCGGUUGGAUACCUGGGUCACAUAACGGGGUCCUCGCCAUCCCUUGGCAGCGCUGC